GAUGUUUGACGUCAUCCACACUUGCACGGGCAGCGCCUUCAAACUGACUACAACCCAGUCGACUGCUCACACCGACAACGCUAGUGGGAGAAACAGCUGGAAGUUGAAAGCCAAAGCCUCUACUAUCUACUCUCACACAGUGAGCAGGCAUGACUGAGGAUUCCAAGGAGCAGUUGAUCAUAAAGGCCAAACUGGCCGAGCAAGCAGAGCGAUAUGAAGACAUGGCUGAACUGAUGAAGGAGGUAGUUAACAUGGGCACAGAACUGACCUGUGAGGAGCGCAACCUGCUUUCUGUCGCCUACAAAAAUGUCGUUGGAGCCUGUCGUUCUUCGUGGCGUGUUCUGGCAAGCAUCGAGGGAAAAGCUGAAGAGGGCAGGAAAAAGAUAAUGGCCAAAGAGUACCAAGAGAAAAUUGAGACGCAGCUCAAUGGAAUCUGUACGGAUGUUCUGGAACUCUUGACCACAUAUCUCAUUCCAAAAGCAAGCGCGCCAGAGAGCAAAGUCUUCUAUUGGAAAAUGAAAGGCGACUACCACCGUUACCAAGCUGAAGUAGCAACGGGAGACAACAAGGACAAAAUCAUCAAAGACUCUGAAGAGGCCUACAAAGGGGCUCAGGAAGCCAGCAAAGCGAUGAGCCCCACGAACCCAAUCCGCCUUGGUCUUGCACUCAAUUUCUCUGUUUUUUACUAUGAGAUCCAGAACUCACCCGAGAAGGCCUGCGAACUGGCAAAAGAGGCUUUUGAUGAGGCGAUUGCGGAGCUGGAUCAGUUGAGUGAUGACUCAUACAAAGACAGUACACUUAUUAUGCAGCUACUCAGGGACAACUUGACAUUGUGGAAAUCUGAAGGCCAAGGUGAAGAUGUGUAGAAACUCAGAGAGAGCAAAUCCUGUUUGUCCUUUCUGCCUAUCUGCAAUCAUCAUGACUCAUCUUCAUCAAAACCAAGGGUGCUGAGGCCACCGUGUUGUAAUAGUUGUCCGGCUCACUCCAAAAUGACUUUUUUUGGGGGGUAUUCAGCUCUGAUUAAAAACUAACCUCACUUUUGAGUUUACUUUUAUUAUUAGUCUUUUUUUUUUUCUAGAUAUGGAAAAUAGGGGUAGGUGGUACCUUUUUGGAAUUUAAUGGGUGUGAACUAUUAUGUAACUGGCUGUGAAUCUGACUACUUUUUGCCUAAAGGAUGUAACUUAUCUGUUUAUGGUGGUGGUCAAGUAGCAAGCUUUCAAACCGAAGUAAGAAAGCAGUUACUCUGUGUAUCUUUAUCAUGUUCGUGGUUAGCGUUUGCUUAUUGUUUUGUGGUUAAGUUAAAUAUUACAAUUACGUAUAUCCUCGAAAGAUGAGACCUCGUAAAUUGAUUAGAGGAAUGAAAGCACACCAUGAAACAAUAGCUAGGUUGAAACUCUCAAGUUACAUUCCAUCGCUGUCAAAGCUUGAACUUUACACUAUUUGAAAUACUUGUUCCUUUUUGAUGAUUUACAUUUUUAUAUUUCAAUGUACAAGUUACAAAGUUCUGUACUGACACUGUUAAAGGAUUUCUUUUUUGUUUUUGUUUUUUGUGUGGGGGGACGCACAGAAAGAAAAUUACUUUUUUCUACUUUGCAUUGUACUGCUUGUUAUAUUGUCUAUCCAAAUUAGAUAUGUUGUGAAAGACAAUUUAUGGAGAUGAGAGAGCUGUUAUUGUCAAGUUGGAAAGCUUUGUUCACUUGAUUUGAAUUUACACGAGUAAUCCUGGUUUUAUUUGGAGGGUUAAUGAGUAUGUUGAAUAAAGAUCAUUUUAAAGUUUUUGUUU